AUGAACAGGUGGUCUAUACUAACAAGAGGUACUUUUUUGAGGCAAAGCAUACCGCGGGCAAGACCAAGUCCAUUAUCUACGGUGUUUCUCCGUUACAAUAGCUCUUCUCCAUUUGGUAAAUUAACCACUAAUCCUAUUGAAGAAAUGGAAAAGGAGAAGAAGGGAGCUAGUGAAAUAGUCAAGAAUGAAGAAGGUGAAAUAGAUAUUAAUUCAAUAACCCCUCAAAAUGAUGAACAGUUGAUUGAAUAUUAUAAGAAUCAAAGUAAACCACAAGCUAAAUUGGAAGACUUAAUACACCCGUUAAAGAUCCAGUUAUUUAACCAGUCAGUAUCACAACAUGGAUUUUUCAAAAAUGAUCAAAUUGUGACACAUCAAGGUAAAUCUUAUAAAUUCCAUUUAACUCCUGAAGAAAUCGAACUACUCGAACCAUCAAUUUAUCUUCAAUCAUAUCGUAUAAAAUCCUCCAUGAAAAAAGCCACCGUUGUUAAUCGAUUUGUUCGUGGUUAUGAUUUGAAAACAGCUAUAAAUCAAUUACAUUUCAACCCCAAGAAAAUGGCAACUGAAUUGGAAAAAUUAUUGAAACGCGGGUUAGUCAAACUGCAAGAAUUGGGUUAUGAUGAAAAUUCAAUGUAUAUUGCACAGUUAUGGACCGGCAGUGAUGGCGAUUGGAGGAAAAGAUUGGAUAUUAAGGGAAGAGGUAGACAUGGAAUUAUCCAUCAUCGGUACAUUCAUUUGAAAUGUGUUUUGAAAACAGGUCAAACCAAACAACGUUUGCAAUGGGAGAAACAACAACGUGAAGCCAAGAGUAAACCAAAAAUGUAUUUGAAUAAUGAGCCAUUGAAUAUUAAAGUGAGACCAUGGUAUAAGUGGUAG